AUUGGCAACAGUGAAUUUUCUAGUGCUGUGUGUUGCUGUCAAUAAUUAGAAAGAAAGAAGAUCGAAUCCCUAGGCAGGAUGACGGCGAUGACGCAGGAGGAAAUGGUGGCCGGUGCGCGCACCGUCGCCGCGGGCCUCGAGGCGCUGCGAGCUGAACACGCACAGCUGCUGGCAGGGCUGGCUGCCAACACAGAACAUGAACACGAGAAGGCAGCCCUCGUGAGGAAGAGCAUUGAUGCUAUAGAACUCGGACUGGGUGAAGCGCAGGUAAUGAUGGCGUUAGCCUCCCACUUACAGUCAGUGGAGGCUGAGAAGCAGAAGCUUCGCACUCAGGUGCGACGGCUGUGCCAGGAGAACGCGUGGCUCCGGGACGAGCUGGCGGCCGCGCAGCAACAUCUGCAGGCCUCCGAGCAACGCGUGGCGCAGCUUGAGGAGGAAAAUAAACACCUUGACUUCAUGGCUUCCAUACGCAAAUAUGACAGUGAUAUUACGGAGGAGUCGGACACGAACCGCAGCGGGCAGAGUGAAAAGAAACGCGACGAUCCCAUGGUUGACCUGUUCCCAGAUGACGACCAUGAUGAUAACAGGAAUAACAAAUCGAUGUCCCCGACGCCUCCGCUGCACUUUGCGCAGCAGGUGAACGCGGGCUACGAGAUCCCGGCCCGCCUGCGCACACUGCACAACCUGGUCAUCCAGUACGCGUCGCAGGGACGGUACGAGGUCGCCGUGCCACUCUGCAAGCAGGCCCUCGAGGACCUCGAGAAGACCUCUGGACACGACCAUCCUGAUGUCGCCACGAUGCUCAAUAUACUCGCACUUGUCUACAGAGACCAGAACAAGUACAAGGAGGCGGCCAAUCUGCUGAACGACGCGCUGUCCAUCCGUGAGAAGACGCUGGGAGAGAACCACCCCGCCGUCGCAGCCACGCUCAACAACCUCGCCGUGCUAUACGGCAAGCGAGGCAAGUACCGUGAAGCGGAGCCGCUGUGUAAGCGCGCGCUGUGCAUCCGCGAGGCCGUGCUGGGCAGGGACCAUCCUGACGUCGCCAAGCAACUCAACAACCUCGCACUGCUCUGCCAGAACCAGAAUAAAUACGAGGAGGUGGAGCAGUACUACCAGCGAGCUCUGGAGAUCUACGAGAGCAAACUGGGACCCGACGACCCCAACGUAGCCAAGACCAAGAACAAUCUCGCCUCUUGCUAUCUCAAACAGGGCAAGUACAAGGAAGCAGAAACGUUAUACAAACAAGUGCUGACCCGGGCACACGAGCGGGAAUUCGGAACUAUCGACGAGUAUAUAGCAUCAUUAAAAAAACCUAAUAAAAAAUAACAAACAGCUGCACAUAGUAUAUGACAAUUUUAUGAUAAACUAACAAAAGUUGGCAGAAGAUAAUAUUAUUACUACUCCAACAUUCCUAUCGCAUAAUAUAAACUGUUGAAAUGGUUCCCCAUUCUAAUAUAUUUUAUUUACCAAAGGGAUGACAAAAAUGCAUGCACUACAUAUAAUAAAUUGAACCUUAAGGUCUUAGCAAUUAGCCCGGGGAGCGGGUCAAGCGCAAUGAGGUACCGUGGCCUCAGCCUGAAGCAGGUUAAGAAACGGGAUGGUUUUUAGUCACUAUAGUAUCUGACACUGCCUCCCGCCAUAUCCUGGGCGAUAGAAGUCAUUUUGUGAUUUCCCCUCAAAAAAAAGUUAGAAAUAAAAUAAAUUACAUUUUUAGCAUUGUUUUUGUCAUUCUUUUGGACCAAUCGGUGAAAGGCUAUCUUAAUAAUAAUGAAACCAAAGCACAAAGUUUUGCUGUGUAACAAUGUAUUAUGUAAUAAGGUUUAUUUUUCUAUAUAAUUUUCUUUUUCAAGGGAAUUUGAGUGAUUCCUAGACUUAGCUCGAAUGUGUAAAUAGUAAACUAAACAAAAAUAAAAUACAAAAAUAUUGCAUGUGUUAGUUCUUGUUUGUACGUCAUUUUUUUACUUUGCUAUUAUUACUAUUAUUUUGUUUGGCAAUUAAUUUAUUUGUAGAUUGUAAUUGAAUUUGAAUUUAGUUGAAUUUAAUAUUUUUAAAUUUUACCUAGUAGAUUUAUUUCGUUAUCUUUUGUAGGUAGAGGCGGCAUGCAAUAAGUUUAACAAAUUAAUUAUUUUUAUUCGACGCAAAAAUAUUUGAGAUAAAUUUUAUAUGACAUAUUUUUAUAGGAAUUUAGUCCGGAUUUCCAUUCAAAUUGUUUGCGUCUAGUAAAAAUAGAUUAAUAAUUAGAUAUUUUUCUACAUAUGAUUUUCUCUUGCUGUAUAGAUCUCUUUAUAUGCAUUUGUCUUAGACAAUAUUAGGUUAUCUUGUAGACGCUUUAUAUAAUUCUACGUCUUGCCAUUAAAUAAAUAAAUAAAAAAAUGGUUACUAUUAGUUUUUAAUAGCUGAAAGCUUUUUGCGUGAUAGGCAUAAUAUAAUAUUAUCUACAUUCGUAUUUUUUUAUGUUUUACGGCUCAGGCGUCGUCCUAAUUGGGAGCGGUCGUACGAUGGCGCGAUGCUUUUUUCAUCGCACGAUCAUUUGGUCGUACGAUGACCUAACAGGUGAUCGCACGAUCAAAGUGGUCGUACGAUGACCUAACAGAUGUCCUAAUAGAUCGAGCGAUGCCGACGCACUAUGGCUGGCGCCACUUUAACAGAGAUGCAAAGUUUUUGAUGUCGGGCAAUAUUGCUUUAAAAAUUGCAAAUAACAUUGGAAAAAAAACGAAGACAGCAUGAAAUACUUUAUAAAUCCAGGAAUCUGCGCGGUGACUUCUUCAACCUUUAUAUUGAUGUACAAAAUAACGAAGAAGACUUUUACGAUAAUUUAUCCAUAUCGAAAGAAACAUUUAACCGACUACAUCUGCAAUGGAAUACGUAGUGAUUGUAUUCAUAAAGUGACCAACAUAUAUAUUCACAAAGUGAUCGCACGAUCAAAUACAUCGAACGAUCGUUUUUAUGUGCUCGCACUAUCAUUUGCGAGGUUCAAAUAGGACACUCUGAUGAAAUCUAUAAGUAUGUUUAAACUCAUCGCACGACGAGAACGCAUCACGCCACCCUACGAUUGCUCCCAAUUAGGACGACGCCAUACUCUUGAAAUAUAUGACGAAGUAGUUCGACUAGUUAGGUACGCAAUGUACCACUUGACUAUAAGCCCACAGAGUGAUUUGAAACUAAUCGAGUUACUUCGUAAUAAUACGUCGUAAGACAUAAUUAAUUUAGACUUUACGAGGGUUGUUACAUUACAUAGUUUCGUUUCUUGACUGUGAAUGUAAAAGUCACAGAAUCAAGAAUUGUUUUCAUCCAAUUUGACAAUCUCUGUUGCCUUUGCUAAGUACCAAGGGAAUUUCGACGAUUGGAUAGUUAUUACUUGCCUCACAAUCCUUUAUUAGUUAUAUUUUUUGUUUAUUUAUUACUUUUUUUAUCUAUUAUUAAGUCUUCGUCUUUCUACUUGAUGAUGAUGGAUAUGAAUAUCUAAUAUAUUUCUCUGUGAUUUAAUAUGUAAUUGUAAGAUUCAAAUAAAUACCUACAUUUUUUGUUUUGCAAUGAAAAUGCAACCCUACCAUCUGGUAGAAUGUUUAAUAUUAUGAAAGAUUGAACCAAAUAAGCAAGAUACUAUUGAAAAAGCUAUGAAAAAACUCCAUUUUAUCUCAAGAAUCUAAAUGAAUCGUUUCAUUUAUGCACAAAUUAAUAUGUUCAUUCAAGUGAGCGUUAAAUACUUAUUAAAUUGUAACUAUUUUGUUACAAUAUGUCAUUAUCCUACACUGAAGUUCAGUAUCAAAUGUAUACGCUUACAAAAACAUCACAAUAAGUUUACGAAUUUAAACCAAACUAGAAAAUUAUUAUUAAAAAUGCCAAAUGAAUGCCUGUAUUACCAAAUGUAACGAGGCUCUGAAUUAUUAUGUAGUGUGCAAUAAUUUUAUAAACAAAUAUAUUUAUUUAUAUUAAAUGAGA